AUGGCACGAUGCUGGCCACUUCUUAUCCUCCUGACAUCCAUAUCUACAACACUCGUCGACGGAGCGACGACGUUGCCGUCAGAACUGAAGAGCUUGGUACCACAAUGUGCCCAACCAUGCUUCACUUCUUUCAUAGACUCGAACUACGCAGCGAGUGCUUGCGGUCAGACACCAGACCUAGACUGUCUGUGUUCUCAUGACAGUGCCUCGGAAUAUACGAUCGGAGAGGCUUCAGUGCAAUGCAUUGUUGGUGCUCAAAGAACUGGAGUUUGCAGUCAAGCCGACACUAAGGAAGAUGUUGUGUUGAAGGCACACGGAAUGUGCAAUGGCAAGGCAAAUGCCAUACCCAACACACAUACGGUGAUUUCUGCAACAUUGGAAGUUCAGUCCAAUACCGUUAGACUUCAACCACCUUCGACGACAUUGUCAAACUCGAUUACAGCCACGUCCACUCUCGCUGUCACGUCUAUUCCAACUUCCUCUUCCUCCUCUUCGGGAUUUCUGACAUCAACCGGGGUGGUUCCCGCUCCAGCAACAACACAGCCACCAGCCGAAUCCCAAACCACUGUGCCGGUACUCCCACCAACAGAAACUCCAAAAUUGACACAAGCUCAAAUUGUUGGGAUCACGGUCGCUGCUGUUGGAGGAAUGGCCGUCAUGCUUGGAAUCAUAGGGAUUUUAGCAUGUGUGAAGAGACGACAAAGAAUGGAAUAUGAUGAUGGCGAUGAUCUUCCACUGUCUAUGGAUCCUUCGUACUACCCACCAUCGUUUGAUUCGCAAAAUAGUUAUGCUAAACCUUUGAACUAUGGACCAGGUGGUACCACAAGUGGAGUUGCUCGUAAAGUUGCACCACCUGUGCCGCGUCGUUUCGACGUUGCAAGCCCUAACAUGUUCUCGCGGAGAAGCAUGCAAGCAGAUGAGAUUAUUGGACUUGCGAUAUCACCAGAGCUUAAUCAAUCACCAGUUAUGCGGAGACCUAGGGGCGAAUCAAAACUUUUACCGCCAAAGCCAACUCUAAGACUACAGAUGCCACCCAAGGCAGCGGCCAAAUUUGCGAAGACUGCACCCAAGCCAAUGACCUACAACAGAGAAAGCACAAUGACUACUUUUGACGAGGACUUUGAGCGGCCAGGGUGGGUACCUCAAGUGCCACCGACACCCAAAUUCAUUCCAGCUUCGCUUCAAGGUGCUGGACUUUCCUUCCCUCCACCAGUGGCAGGUCGCCCUGGAUUGAGGAGAGAGAGUACAGCAACAUUAUUUGAGGAUGUUGAGGAGAGUGGAUUACGAAAAUCACAAGUUGGAAAUGCCAGAGGAGUAUCCUAUAUUCAGCCGUCAGUCAUUGUACCAAUGCCUGUGCCACAGGACUCGGAAUCUCCACUGGAACUGGAUGGAGCUCCACGUGACAGUAACUGGGCAAGACAAAGCACUGCCACUCAAUUUGAGGAGGAUGCUGUUGGCAAUAUGAGUAUUGGUCCAGUAAAAGGCAAAGCAGAUCGUCGAUCGAGAGUUGAACAAGAUUUGGACAACACAAUCGAUGAGUGGGAACGAUACACCCCAAUUAAUACAACUGGACCUCCAGCAUUUUAUUUCACAGCAGCGGAUGUUCAGGGUUCUGAAGCCAUGAGAAUGCCUUUAUCUCAAGCAAAGCCAGUAAUGGUUGGACGAAGGAUGGGCAGUUUCUCACAACCUCGAAAUCCAAUGCAAUACCCACCACGAAAAGAUUCCAUGGAACCAGUACUUGAGGCGUUCCCGAAACCACCUCGGCAGAUGGUACCAUUGCAAUUGAAGAUUCCAAUAACUGACUCGCGACCGCCUACUGUCGCUUCCUCAAAUUAUGCCACACCAUCGUCUUCAAAUCCAGCUAAUUCUCCAACGCCAAGCUUGCCUCCAACCGGUUCUCUUCCUCAGAUCCCUAAGGCGUAUAGACAGACAGGACCAUAUGAUAGCCAUAAGGCCGGGAACUCAGUUGAAACCAAUAGCGCCGCUUCUCCAGCUGGAGGUCCACGGACAGGCGAGCUCCAACUCUCACCGGUUUUCGAGUCACCUGCCAGUGGUCGAUCUCGUGUCUCAUAUCCAAAGAUUCCAAAACCACAAGGAGCAAUCAAGGCAAUCCCACCUCCACCGCAACCAAAUUUUACACCAAACAACGCGUCCGAGGCCAGAAAACCAUGGGAAGCAGCCGAAGCAGCAGCACGCGAGAAAGAACGCCGAAUCCAAGUCCGUCGCCAAAGUUCCUUAACAUGUCCACCGCAAGGAAUCAUGAUCCACCUUCCUCCAACCCAAAUCAAAAACAAACGUCUCUCAACCGUCGCAAACCUCGACAACAAUCCACCUCCUCACUCCCCAAACUGGGACACCUACACUCCAACACCCAUCUCCCCCUCCGGCCCCUCCUUCUCCUCCACAAAUCGCACACCACAUCCGCCUGCCCUAUCCUCCCCCUUCACCUCCCCGCGCCCAAAACACACACCCAAGACCAAGCAACAAGUCCACUCACCCACCCCCACCACCCCAGGAAUCCGUCUCUCCAACGCCUCAACCUCCACCCCGCCCACCUCACCCCAACCUAAACCCCUCGCCCACCGCCGCGGCAACAACAAAGCCUCAGCCCUAACCCUCACAAACCGCCCCACACAACCCACAGCCUGGGCGCCGUUAAAAAACACCAAUCUCCUCUCCCCAGACUCGAGACGCGUGGUGGGUGAAGGCGGCGUCGCGUUCGAGCGCGCUGAUCCGAUUGAGCUUCCCGGUACGCCCGGGUGGGUGCCGAAGUUGACGCCUACUAGAAAAGGGGAGGAUUUGUAUUUGAGAGUUGCGUAG